ACAGGAGCCAGGCAGCGUUCUUUAAGUGCGUUCUCCUUUUGCUUGUGACCGUUUGAAGAGUUUGUCUGAUUUUUAUUGACAAAAAAACAGACAUAGACAUAUUUUCUCAAGUUUUUAGAACCGGGGUCCUACCUCAAUUCCCGUGAAUAUGGCUGGUAGAAGGGCUUCCACUGUUCACAAAUUACCCGGUCUGAAGUUAUCUAAAGGACUAUCAAAGGAUGAGGAUGACGCAUGGGAUGGGACUGAUGGCUUGGACGACUUCCAUUUGAAAUCCACUGCGGAUUGCCAUCAUCAUCAUCAUCACCACCAUCAUCAGCAUCAUCAUCAACUGGACCUCUCAGAGGCUGAGCUGAAAGAGGAAAUUACAAGAGUUCUAAAUGCAAACAACCCACAUGCUCCAAAAAAUCUUGUUCGCUACAGCUUCAAGGAACGUUUCUAUAAGCCAGUGACUACUGUGGAUCACUUGGCUGUCCACUUUGCUUUGGAGGGGAACCUACUGCAUAAAGACUCUGAUGAAGCUCGAAGACUUUCCAUCUUUCAGCUACCUCCAGGGGUUGUACCAGUGGAGUGUAAAGUAGAAUCACAUGAGGAUCACGCUGAAACUCCGACUACACCUGUGGAGGAUGGAGGCGAUAGUGAAGAAACUGGAGAUGAGGACAAACCACGUAGAGCUCCCUCAAAACGUCGCAAGAGGGAGGCAAAAAUUACAAAUCAAUUCAACUUCAGUGAAAGGGCAGGACAGACUCGCAAUAAUCCUUCAAGGGAAAGAAGCUGCCAGACUGAACCUCCUCCCCGCAUCACCUUUUCUGGCUCUGCUAAUCAGUGGGAGAUCUACGACUCAUACUUGAGGAAACUGCAGACGCAAGACUCAAUUGAAAAGAAAAGAAAAAGCGUAGUAGAGAAAAAAGAUGAUUUUGACGUCAAGAAAAAUUCGUUGAUGGACAGUGGGCGUGAGGAUGUCGCUCACGUGGGCGAGGUAGUCAAGAUCAUUGAACGAAUAGUCAUCCAAAAUACGAUGGAUGACAUAGCACAAGAUUUUAAGUACUUUGAGGAUGCCUCAGAUGAGUACAGAGACCAGGAGGGAACUCUUCUGCCUUUGUGGACGUUUCAGUAUGAAAAAGCCAGGCAUUUGUCUGUCACUGCCCUCUGCUGGAAUAACAAAUACCAGGACCUGUUUGCUGUGGGAUUGGGAUCAUAUGACUUUGGUAAACAGGCGGGUGGCAUGCUGCUCUUCUUCUCAUUGAAGAACUCGGCUUAUCCGGAGCACAUCUACCCCUCGGCCUCUGGGAUCCUUUGCCUGGACAUCCAUCCAGAACUCUCGUAUUUGGUGGCAGUGGGUUUCUACGAUGGCUGUGUGGCUGUUUACAACUUGAAGGAGCGAACACAGGACCCUGUUUAUACGAGUACCGCAAGCACCGGAAAGCACACAGAUCCUGUCUGGCAGGUGCGCUGGCAAAACGAUGACAUGGACAACAACCACAUGUUUUGUUCGGUGUCAUCUGACGGCAGAGUCGUGACCUGGACACUCGUCAAGAAUGAGCUAAUGUCCUCGGACAUUAUCAGACUGACUGUGAAAGGUGCUCCAUCUGAUGGGUCAGAGGAUUCACAGCUGACUGCCGUCUCUCAUGGUACAUCGCUCGACUUCCACAAACAGAUUGAUUAUCUGUUCUUAGUUGGCACAGAAGAGGGGAAAAUAUAUAAGUGCUCCAAGACUUACUCCAGUCAGUUCCUGGAGACAUAUGAUGCCCAUCGUAUGCCAGUGGACACUGUUAAGUGGAACCACUUCCAUCCCAGAAUUUUUAUUUCUUGCAGUUCGGACUGGAAUAUCAAGAUCUGGGACCACACCAUCAACACUCCAAUGUUCACCUUCGACCUCAGUGCCCCCGUUGGAGAUGUUUGCUGGGCUCCUUACUCCUCCACUAUAUUCGCGGCCGUGACAAUAGACAGAAAGGUUCACGUCUUUGACCUGAGUAUCAACAAAUUUGAAGGCAUCUGCCAUCAGAUAGUGGUUGCCAAAAAGACCAUCCUGACUCACAUUGAAUUUAAUCCCAUCCAUCCGAUCAUCAUUGUGGGGGAUGACCGGGGGACUGUGACCAGCCUCAAGCUCUCCCCGAACCUCCGCAAGAAGCCCAAGAGCAAGAAGGGCCAGGAGCUGCCCAAGGGUUCAGAAGCAGAGAUAUUAAAGAUGGACAGGCUGCUCGCCCUGCUGAGAGAACCAGAGCUAGACUGAAGUCACACCGACUCCGCUUCAAUUCAGCCAAUGUGGCUUCUCAUAUGGUGGAGUUUUUUUUCUGUUUGCAGCAAAUAAAAUGAACAUGUUGCAAUCUGUGUAUUUGAUCAAAUGUUCUCUUAGAGUCUUACUUGAUGAAAUUGAAAUGAGAGCCCCAAAUUCUUUUUUUUUUUUUUUUUUUUUUUUGCUGUUGAUAUAGUUUUUUCUUUUUAUACUUUUGAUAUAUUGAGUAGACACAAGAACCCUCAGUGAAAGUUGUAAGAUGAAUGCUUGUCACAGUGUUAUGUUGUGUUCAGUUGUAUCACCUGGAUUUUCUGGGAACUGAGGACAGUUGUUGCUGCUCUGCAAAAGGAUUCCUGUCUCGUUUGGACAUGAUUUCAGAUGCAUAGUGGUUCUCUAUAAGAAGACCGAUUUGCAUCUGAGGCGUCUGGGAAACAACCUUGUUGUAAGUCAUUUAGAGUCCUGCAAAUGUCCAUGCAACCUUAACUCCCCGAGGAAACAUUGACAUGUCGGAAAUGUUAUUGUGUGCUUCUUUAUUACUUGUCUCUUCACAAGUUAUGUAAGCAAUAUUGACACUGAUGCGUUUGUUUGGUUUUUUUUUGUUUGUUUUUUGCCAUAAAAAGCUGAGACAUGUUUUUGUUUCAUACAGAAAAUGUCAAAAAAAGGCAGAGUUCAACUGAUUUGAGUCAUGUGUUGUUUUUCUUGAUAUUUGUUUAAUUGAUCCUUCAGUCUGUCUUACCUGAAAGUGCUGCAUGUGUUUUCAUGUAAUUUGUUGACAAUAAACAUAUUAAAACUGUUUAACAAAA